AUGAAGAACUUGGCUUAUGACAAAGACCAACUUUCUUCAGAAAAGAAGAAGCUUCAAUACGAAUAUGACCAAUUCAUUAACUUGGUGUUUGGACACGAAGACGAGACCAACAAUUUGAAUGGUUCAAUCAAAAAGUUACAAAGAGACUUAGAAGCAAACAACACUGAGUUGAGAGACAGAACAACAAAGAGUUAUGAAAAGGAUAUCGCUGAAAUCACAUUCAGAGCUGUAACCUUUGAGAAGAAAGUCCAGAUGGCUGAACAAGAGAAUGUUGAGACUGUGAGAGACUAUAAAACCGCUUCUGAAGAAUAA